AUGUCCCCCAACUAUAUGUGGAGCUUCUCAGAGGGAUGCCUCAGGCCACCAACAGUAAUUGGCCAGUUCCACACCUUCUUUUGUUCAGUCCAUAUGUUUUUCCUUGGAGUUUUGGGCUUUGCAGUUUAUGGAAAUGAGGCCUUGCAUUUCAGCUGUGACCCUGACAAGAGAGAAGUUAAUCUCUUCCAUUACAACCCGUUCAGGCCUAUAACCCCUCAGGUAUUCUGGGCAUUACAGCUGGUGAUUGUACUGGUACCCGGAACAUAUUUUCACCUUUAUGCUGCAUGUAAGAGGAUUAAACAGGAAGAUAUCCUCCAAAAGUCAUUCUACAGUUGUUUUUAUAUCUUCUCUGUUUUCUUAAGGAUUAUCCUUGAAGCUGUGGAUUUUGUGCUUCAGAUUCAGCUCUUUGGUUUCAAAGAGAACACAAUCUACAUAUGUGAUAUGAGAGCACUUGAAAAAAAGUUUAACAUUACACAGUGCACAAUGCCAGAGCACUUUGAAAUGACCAUUUUUCUUAUCACAAUGUACACAUUUACUGUGAUUACAGUGGUCCUGUGUGCUGCUGAAAUUUUUGAGAUCUCAUGUACCCAGCUAGGUUUCCCAAAAACUCAGUGA